AUGCUGCGAAUAUCGCUCACGGAUUGUGCAUGCUUCCUCUCGAAGAGGGGGGUCGCUGCCUGGAUCCUCUUCAGCCCUUGCUGCCUCGACGGAAGACUCCCCCGCUCGCACUGCGUUGACACCCGACCCUCGAGAACUUACCAACGAGGAGCGGAUGUCAAUGCUAAGCCAGCGGAGGUAGAGCGGGCCUCAGAAGCCCAUGGUUUCCUUUUGAAAACUUUAAUAAAAAAACAACACAACCUCGGAGAGAGGCAGCAAUGGAGCAUGCGGAUUACGAUGGCAGCGCCAACACUCUCGAAAGCUCCACCUCAGCAUUUCAUUCAACAGCUGAUUCAUCAACGGCCACCACGUGUCAUCGUCAAGGAGUCAAGGUGA